CUUUGUUUUUUUUUUUUUUUUUUUUUUAGUAACAGUCUAUCCUGAAUUAUUUUGAGAUUGUAAAUAAUAAUCAUACAAACUUCUAAUGGUUUAUAGAUACUAUACAUCAUGGGAUAUAUAACAGUGUCCGUAUACUUUUGAGGACAAAGUAUGAUUUUAGCCCCAAAACAUAAGGAUUGGAAAUGAUCUCAUGAUGAUACUAAACGCACUAAAUAUAGAAACGGGGAAGCCUAAUAAUGGGGUGCGCAUGAUUCAGUUAACGACAUUUACUCUUACAAAUUAGCCAGUGGUGGAUUUAAAGGGGCGCAGCAGGCGUCUCCUCCCCUUUGAAAUAAUCCUUCAAAAUUUAAGGUAAAUCGUGGUCUCUUGUUUAGAAAAAUGUAAACGAUAAAAGAAGCAAUAAUUUCUUCCACUCCCGGAGGAAUUAAUGAUAAAAUCUUAUGAUUUAUUGAAUUACUUUUAUUGGGAGGACUUACAUUUUUCUUUUCUUUUUUAAAAAUUGUGUCAUUUUAAUAUUUCACCGUACUAAAAAUGACAGGAAAUAAUAAAAAUGACUAUGUAAGGAGACAUACUUCAAACCCUACAAAAUCUGUUAAAUCCAGAAGCUUCGGGGGGGGGGGGGGGGGGGGCAACCACCAGCGCUUCUCCCUGGACCCACUGUGGAUCUUAAAGCAGCCCCCAGAUCCCCUGCCUCAUAAAGUUGCUAACCGCAAUAUUCCUGGAUCCGCCCCUGUUAGCUGAUGACAAUGCAGUUCAAUCAAAAAAUGUUUUAUCCAUAGUAUAAGAUUAACAAUUCGAUCUAUAAUUUGCUAUCUUUUGUAAUUGCCACCUUUUGUAUUUUCUAAAAUAAAAAUAUAAUCCCCAUUUGAAAGGAUGGAGGCGUUAGACAUUUAAACAAACCAAAAAAAUUUGUCGACGUAUAGCGAGUCUGUGAUCGAGAUUUAUCUGUGACAAUCUAAUAAGUUCCGCAACUAUCAACGAAAUAAGACCCUUUUGUGUUUUUUGUUUUUGUUUGUUUGUUUGUUUGUUGUUUUGUUUUGGGUUUUUUUUUUCUAUAGGUUUGUUCGCAGUUGAAAAAACUAAAUUUAGAAAGGGGGAUUUACACGGGUGUUGCUAAAACGCGGAACGGAAAACGUAACAGGAAAGAAACCAUAAAAUACUGUAGAAUCAAAAGGCUUAUUAUGAACAUUACAGAGAGUACGGGAAGUCAUCCCUAGAAUCCACCGUUUCAUUAUACUGAAACAGGUCUGGCGUUCGUAUAGUCUGUACUUCGCGUUGUGUUUGUUUUCCUUUAUUUUAUAGUGGCGACUUCGAAACGACCCAACUACACUAUGAUUAGAAACUUUGAAAAUAAACCCAAUAGAAAUGAACAUAAGAUUAACAACACUUUACGAAUUUAUUACCAGUAUGAAUAUGACAAAUGCAAACUCCUAAAUCCUAUAAACUAUCAAGAAAUUCUCCCAACCCAAAGGUAAUAUAAUAAUUUAGUAAGUUACAAGGGCAAAGUAUAAGAACAAAACGGACGAACAAGACGUAGAAGGAAGAUUGGAAGGAGAAGUGUAGUUAGCAAGGCCAGCUGUCUCACUACCACGAAUAGUAAGCUAUGUGGCUUUAUAUAGCAAUUAAACAAUAGAAAUUGUCAUUAAAGUCAUUGGCUAAAAGAUAAAGUGGGCGUGGUAAAAUACAACGGGUGAAUAAUUUACAUCGGGAUCGAAAUUCAGAAAUAAAAGUAAACCCCAAACUACCACAAUACUCAUACUAAUGCAUAUGCAUUUCAAAAUCAUAAUAAUUUGAAUAUGGAAAUCAUAAGCAAGCGCCUGUGGGUAUCACGCCCUCUUCCGAUUGUGGCAAUGCGGAGGUUUUUUUUUUCAUAAAUAAAAAAAUUUGAAAUAGAUACAUUGAAAAAGACUUGAAUAUAAUUUAACCCCAUUCAAAUUUUAUUACUUUAUUUUGGCUUGGCCAGCCAUGGGAUUUUUUAAUCAAUCCAAUGAAUAAGAGGUUUUCAUACCCCCUCCCCCGUCCGAAAACAACUUUGAAAAAUCGUACAUGUACUGGUAUCCUGCGGAUUAGUGUUGAACCUGAUGAGACACAGCGGGGAAAAUGAAACAAUCAAUAAAAACUAAUUGUGAAAUUCAUGACCAUAGUAAGAGGAAUUAACAGAUACAUGUAUGAGAUAAUUAAAUGCUUAGAGAGUGUUUUUUUUUUAAUGGUCACCUCUUUAUUAAUCUAACAAAAAAGUCCCCGCUUAUCUAGGAGUGGAAUGCUGUAGUCGCAUAAGUCUCUGUUAGUUAGAAAAUUAAUAGAUAAAGCAGAACAUGUUUAACAUAUUGACUUGAAAAAAUUGUUGUAAGUACUCACAGACGCUGUAUCAAAGACGGUUUGCCACGAGAGGAGGAGGGCAUAUAGAUCCUGGAUGCUCUUUCAAUUAUCUUCCAUAGAUGUCGCUGCUCGCAAACCUCUUGUCAAUGCCGAAAAUUCAAGGUUCAUGUAAAAAGCUUUGUGAUCUCUUAUACAAACAUUUAGCUUAGCUUAUUCAAUUUAUGGUGUAGAAUUUUUAGAUGGAAUUGUAUUACCGCUUGUAAACAAAUUUCCAAAAUUCUAUUUUAAUCAAAAUAAAGCAUAUUUUCUCUAUUGUUGGUAUUAUUUUAACUACAUUCAUCAUUCUAAUUGAUGAAUUCUAAUCCGUUCCACGUUUUCCAACACCUGCUUUACACUAGCGUAUCACAUGGGCGCUUAGAUAACAAUAUAGAAAAAAGUGUACGCAUGCAGAUUAAAUGUGUUUUAUCAAUCAAAAUCUAAAACCUAGCCAAAGAGAAACUAAAUGUAUGCAUCAUUGGGAAACAAUAACAUUACAAUUGGCGGGAGGGGGAUUACUAGUUGAUAUAUUACGUAAACAGAGAAAUUGAGAUCAGAGAAUAUUCUAGCUAUGAUAUACAUGUACAUCGAUAAUCAAACUCGCUCAACUCAGCAAAACAUUAGCAUUAAGAAUGAUUUACAUGCAAUAUUUCUCCCCCAGUCACUAGCGUUCCAAAAUUGUCCAUCAUCGAUAUUGACCGUUUCCUACACCACGUGUCCAAGUACGGAGGAGGCGUGGAGAGCGGCCGCCAAAAGGAAAAAUUGCCCAAGCAUCCCACAAAAUUGUACUAGUCCUGAAAAUUUCAAGUACCACUGUGUUACAAAUGCCUUCAGGAAUGAGACCAUUGAAGUCUGCGCUCCUAGUAUAUUCCUGUUAGGAUUUUGUCCGGAAUACAACUUCCGGGGCGAACGAAUACAAGACAACUAUGACGCAGAUUGCAAACAGUUCACCAAGCCUUGUCCUAGCAGAUUCGAAUCUUGGAAGUCCUACCAAUUUCCCGAAUGCACAACAACGAAAUCACAUGAAGCAGGGACUCAUCCCGAGAAAGCAAAGCAAUCAACCGAGACCAUAAUCUUGUUUGUAUGCAUUGGAACCAUUGUCUUCGUGGUCGUUGGCGUGUUAUUAGUCAUCAGACGUGGACGAAAAACAAAAACAUUACGCUUUAGUAUCGACAAUCGCCCUCAUGCUUCUGAUCCGUGUCAACCUUCUCCAGAUUCAGAAAAAGAAGCCCUGAAUAAAUCCACAUACAAUGGAGAUGCAUGAUGAGUGAAAACCGGCCGCAAGGAGGCGCUCGGUUAUAUGACAUGAAAGUUAUAAAAGGCUUAGCUUUUAUGUAAAAUUAACUAUGGAGUACUCAAAUUACCUGGUCAAGAUGUAGGGCUCACGACGGGAGUGAACGGUCGACAAGGGAUGCUUACUCGUCCUAGGCACCUGAUCCCACCUCUGGUAUAUCCAGUGAUCCGUGUUUACACAAAUGUUACUCUUAAAUUUGUAUUCGUUACAGUAAUUAUCAGAUUAUUCACUGUUCGUUACCUUCAUCUUUAAAUACGUAUUAAAAAUUAUAGAAACGUG